AUGAGGCUCAUCAUCCGUGACGAUGCCGACGCGGCCAGCGCCUAUGUGGCCAACUACAUCGUGGACAGGAUCAAGAACUUCCGUCCCACCCCCGCCCACCCGUUCGUCCUCGGCCUGCCCACGGGGAGCAGUCCCCUGGGGGUGUACAGGAUGCUCGUAAAGAAGUACAAGGCUGGAGAGAUCUCCUUCGAAAAUGUCAUCACCUUCAACAUGGAUGAAUACGUCGGCAUCCCCCGCGACCACCCGGAGUCCUACCACUCCUUCAUGUGGAAGCACCUCUUCUCCCACGUCAACAUCCACCCCAACAACGUCAACAUCCUCAACGGCAACGCCCCCAACCUCGAGGCCGAGUGCGUCGCCUACGAGGCCCGCAUCAAGGCCGUCGGCGGCAUCGACCUCUUCCUCGCCGGCAUCGGCGAGGACGGCCACAUCGCCUUCAACGAGCCCGGCUCCAGCCUCGCCUCCCGCACCCGCGUCAAGACCCUCGCCUACGACACCAUCCUCGCCAACUCGCGCUUCUUCGACAACGACGUCUCCAAGGUGCCCCGCCUCGCCCUCACCGUCGGCGUCCAGACCGUCCUCGAGUCCAGGGAGGUCGUCGCCAUCAUCCUCGGCGCCAAGAAGGCCCUCGCCCUGCAGAAGUGCAUCGAGCAGGGCGUCAACCACAUGUGGACGCUCUCCAGCCUCCAGCUGCACCCCCACCCGAUGCUCGUCGUCGACGAGGACGCCACGCUCGAGCUGCAGGUCAAGACUGUCAAGUACUUCAAGAGCAUCGAAAAGGUGGCAAGAGAACAAGGCUUCGAGCAGAUCCUCCCCUCAAGAAUCCGCACCGGCCCGGGCCCCAUCCCCGUGACAGUCGUCGACGAAGUCCAGACCCCGACGAUCCUGCACCCGCAGCCCACGACCUCGCGCCUGCUCCGCGCCUCCCCGGCGACCGAGUACCCCGUCCGCUCCGUCUCCCCGGACAUCGAGCUCGUCUUCGAGAGCAUGGAGUCCCGCACCAAGUCGCCGACGGAGCAGCAGCUGCGCGCCGUCACCCCGGACCUCGUCACCGACAGGAUGGCCAACCGCAUGCCCGACCAGCCGGCCCUCGCGCGGCGUCUGACGCCGAACCCCGAACAGCAGCAGCAGCAGCAGCAGCAGUCUUCUCUGUCGAGGUCCGUCACGCCGGAGCCGGUCCUCGACCGCAUGGCAUCCCGCAUCCCCGAGCCGGCGCUCGCGCGGCGGUUGACUCCGAAUCCGGAGCAGCAGCUGCGUGUGAACGCCGUCGGCGCUUGA